AUGUCAGUGGAAAUCUGGCCACACGUUGCGCCCGAUCAGCUUAAAGUCGCCGUUGAGACUGCCGAGAGACGCGAACUCGACUGGCUGAUCGAUGAGCUGCACGAAACCCUCACCAACCUCAAACACGGUCUCGAGGACUGCUAUGCGCUGCUGGCACCGAUAGACCCGGGGAGCACGCUGGUGUUGAGCACGCCGAGGAAUGAAAUUGUCAAAGGACAUGUCACUCGCGUUGGGACGCGGAUAGUCAAGGGGACCAUCCACCUCCGCCUACGCACCCUCCCCCAACAAACCCUCACCAUCAACCCCGAACACCCAAUCCACCUCACACCGCUCACGACCCUCCACUCCCUCCUCACCCACUCGAUCGACCUCCUCACCCUGACCCUCUCCUACUCAUACCCCUCGGCAACAGCGACAACCCCCCUCCCUUCCGAUCUCCCACCCCCACAAUUCCUCUCGGCCCAGCUUCGCCUCCUCUCCCAAUCCCUCAGCGAAGCCUCCGCUAUCCUCGCAGGGACCCCAACCCCAGGCGACCCGCAACACUGGACAACAAACUCCGUAGCCCCCUCCCACUUCACGCCGCCGCUCGCCCAACCCACAACCGCCAACUCCUCCACUUCCCCCGCCAGCCUAAGCUUCCACCUCAGCAUACAAGACAGCUCCCUCGUCCUCUGGCUGCGCUCGCUCGAGCCCGCCGACGCGCCGCUCAACUUCGGCACCAAGCUCGCGCUCGCCAUCGGCACCGCCCGCCGUCUCGAACACGACGAGUCCGAAAAGGUCUUCGGGUACUGCUGUUCCGGCGAGGGAGACCACCACCAACACGGCUCCCCCACACUGGCGCCCGCACAACUCGCCAAAACCCCCAGCCGCGAAGCGACGGCCUCCACGGGUCAAACGGUGCCGCUGUCGGGCACCCGCAGCAACAACAGUACCAAAAGGCCAGGGUCGGUGGACGUGUUUGUGCGGGAAAAGGUGCGCGUGGAGAGUGCGGAUCCGAGCCUCAUGUCGUUGUCGGCAAAACUGAGCGCGCUGGGCCACACGCUGGCGUUGGCGCGGCGGAAUCUGGCGGCGGUAUUGGGGGAGGAGAUGGAGGGGGAUGAUUAG